GGCACACCACAGACCACACUCGCUCUGUGCUCCCUCUCUCCAAUCUCAAACUUUUCCCCACCCGAAACCCUCGCCCGCGGCCGCACCAUGCCGCCGCCGCGGCCGCCGCCGGUGCUGAUGGAAGAGCUCCUCGAGGAGGUCUUCUUCCGCCUUCCGCCGGACGAGCCCGCCUGGCUCGUCCGCGCCUCCGCCGCCUGCAAGCCAUGGCGCCGCAUCCUCGCCGACCGGGGCUUUCGCCGUCGCUACCGCGAGUUCCACCGGACGCCUCCCGUCCUGGGAUUCUUCGAAAAGGGCCCCAUCUACUCUCACUUCCCUGCCCAGGCCGACCAUCCCGAUUGGCAUGUCAUGGACUGCCGCCACGGCCGCGCCCUCUUCGCCGACAUCGGGAAGUCCUACCUCAUCGUGUUGGACCCCAUGACGGGCCACCAGCGCCGCGUGCCCUCGCCUUCGAACAACCUGAUCGGCUUCACUGCGGCGGUGCUCUGCACCGCACAAGGCUGCGACCACCACGGUUGCCAAGACGGGCAUUUCCUUGUGGCUGUUGUGCGCCCCAAGAAGUUUGAGGAAAUCACAUCGGGCUGGCUGUACUCAUCAGAGACUGACCUCUGGACGGAGUUUGCCUCUGUUAAUCACCCCAAUGCCAAUUAUUUCUCUAACAUGGAUGCGCCUAGCGUCCUUGUGGGCGAUGCACUCUACUUCAACAUCGAUGGCGUCAUCGAAUGCCAGCUUGGUACACUACGCUUGUCAACGUUCGAGAAGCCGAUCGAUGGCAAUGGGACUGUCAUGAUGGCGGAAGAUGGCGGGUUGGGAUACGCUGCCGUGGUUGAUGUCACAGAUCUAACCCUGUGGUCGAGGGAGGCUGGACCCGAGGGAGCCAUGGGAUGGACAAAACUCAGGGUAAUCGAUCUUAAGGCGCUACUCCCUGAUGGUGCCCUCUUUAUCACAACACAAUAUGGGAUCAGUAGGUCGCCGCGUUCAUUGAUGAUUAGUGGCAUCGCGGAGGGCACCCAAGUCAUUUUUGUGAGCACAUGGGUUGGUUCCUAUAUGGCCGAUCUCAAGUCUGGGCGAGUCAGGAUGGUCUCUCGUCCCGGCAGAAAAGUCUUCCCGUACAUGAAUUUCUACCUCCCAGCAAUGGAAGCAGCUUCCACGGGCCAGGGGCAAUGAGCUGGUGUUUCAAGUGUUUGUCAAGCUCUAGCUGGGGAUGUGGUAGUAGUGAUAGUAUUGGGUCAUCCGGUUGGCUGCUUGCAGUUUGUAAAGUUGUUGUUUCGCUGCUUGGCUGCUGGCAGUUUGUAAAGUUGUUGUUUCGCUGCUUGGCUGCUUGCAGUUUGUAAAGUUGUUGUUUCGCUGCUUGGCUGCUGGCAGUUUGAAAAGACCUUUGCAGUCACCGUGUGAUCUAGUGAGAUAUGGAAACCGGCUAUGGAGGAAGACCCAAACAUCAUGUAGAAUUCGAAGCGUGGACAGUUUAGGCACUUUCUAAGCAUGUCUAUUUCUCGUAUUUUCUUCUCUCUAUUUUUUUUCCCAGCAGCAGACUUGACUUUAUCUAAAGCAGCCACCUGUCAAAGAAUGUUCUUGUUUUUCAGUCUUCUUUCUCUUUUCGGGGGCAGAGCUUAAAAAAUAUGGACAGUAACG